AUGUCAUCUGCUAGCCAUUUAAGCAUUAUAACCACUUUUUCCGACUGGAGUCAUGCAGAACGUGUAGAGGUUGAUGACCCAGAAGCAUCAGCUGCGUGGAUAGCUAUACAGAAAGCACACCUUGAGGAUCCUCAACAGAAACGCCUUUCAUCAUCUACGAAAACGCCUCGCGGAUGGUAUGAGCCCCAUGUCUCGCGAUACCCUCCUCCACCCCCAUCAUUGCACAUCAAUGCUCCUCCAAGAGCUGAAAAAGUGCCCAGUUAUUUCGGGCCUUUGAUCACAUCUUCCGAAAAGUUAAAUAUCAUCGACCACAAUUCCUGGCGAACAUCCGGGAAUGACGAAUCAGAAGAAGAGUUACCUCCACGCAACGAUCCCCUCACGCCGCGUAAUAUGGGUAACAGUGUCCCGAAUCCCUAUGACGGCAUCAACUCGUUUUCCGCUAAAGCGUUGCAGGUGGACCGGGAUUCUCCUUCAGACUCGUCUUUUUCGAUUGGAACCAGGGGGGAUGCGGAAUACCCUCCGUCCGCUUCGACUUCGUCUGACUGUGGAAAUGGCAACUCACCUGUCAAAAUGUCCCGCAGAAGCGGUCUUCUACUCUCUGCAGUAAGUGCCCCUGCGGUCGACUACAUGAAUGAGAAAGGCACGGAGUACAAGUACAAGACAAAUGAUUUUGUUGAGGUGUUUAUCGCAAUCACUGAUGUCAACGAAAGACGCACAUCCAAAUGGAUCAUGGGAACCGUGAAUAGGUCUGAUAUUCUCCCAGGAUGGACCACUAAUGGAGAAAGAGUCUACGACAUCAAAUACCGUAUUAAAUACUGCCACCCCAGCGACCCAUCGACUGAAGUAUGGGGAAUCUUCAGCGAGGUCGAAAUUCGUCGCUUGGUUCCUCGUUUGAGCAACACACCAUUACCAAAAUAUGGGACACUACUGUUUAUUCGAAGCAGAAUUUUCGACCCAAUCCAAGGUAAAAUACAAAGUACUUGGUUUCCCUCCGUAUGCAACGAGUACGGGGUUUUCGGACUGGUAGGGGACUAUAGUAAUGCAUUGGUGCCCCCAGAUAGCCGCUUCAGACCGUGUACUCAGGAGGCGUUAGAAGAUAUGCGUAGAGACGGGUCGAAGAUUUUGUUUCCGUGGUCUAAUUUUGAGGCCUUCUCGCAAGCUGUUAGGCGAGACAAGCCAUUUUACAUCACCACACCCAUUUUCUACCCGAAUGCAUCACCUCAUAUCGGACACUUGUACACACUGGUAACUGGUGAUGUAUUUGCACGGUACCAGAGACAAAAAGGAAGGGACGUCAGGUUUCUUGCGGGGACGGAUGAGCAUGGUCUUAAAAUCCAAAAAGCGGCUCGGGCACACUUCAAUGGACAGUCUGGUCGGGAGAAGGAGUUUUGUGAUGCACUUAGCCAAAGAUUUCGGGAUUUGGCAGAGUCAGCGUCCAUAAGCAAUACUUGCUUCAUGCGUACAUCAUCUGAAGAACACCGUCGGACGGUUGAGCAUGUUUGGCGCAGCCUUUGCGAGAAGGGCUUCAUCUACAAAAGCAGAUACGAGGGCUGGUAUUCCAUCACCGACGAAUGUUUCUACACCGACUCCCAAAUUACAUAUCCCACCCCGUCCACGCCGAUUUCAAUCGAAACAGGUGCUGCCGUCGAAUGGGCGUCCGAGGAAAACUACAUGUUCAAGCUGUCUGCCUUGCGCGACGCUCUCUUGCAACACUACACAUCCAGACCUGGAAGUGUGUACCCCGAGCAAUACUAUGAUGAUGUACUAGGCAUGCUAGGUGACGGUCAACUCCUCGCCGACAUCUCUAUCUCACGUCCACGCUCGCGACUCGAGUGGGGCGUGCAAGUCCCCGACGACCCUGAGCAGACGGUAUACGUCUGGUUCGAUGCUCUCUUAAUCUAUCUGACUGGCGCUGGAUAUCCGUGGGUCACUGCCCAAUCUCGUGGCGGCUGGCCUGCGGAUAUACAAGUCAUCGGCAAGGAUAUUCUGCGCUUCCACGCUAUAUACCUCCCCGCCAUAUUGCUCGCUCUAUCGUCAUCCGGAACUGUAGUCCAUCUCCCCAAGACCCUGCUGACACACGCCCACUGGACGUCUUCGCAGAAGAAAAUGAGCAAAUCGCUAGGGAACGUGGCAGACCCGCAGGAGGCUAUGAAGAAAUGGGGUGUUGAUGUCGUCCGCUUCUACAUGAUGCGUGUCGGCGGGAGGUGGAGGUCGGAUGCAGAUUGGUCAGCUGAACAGGUGGACAAGCACUUUAGAGAAAUUAAAGACCAGCUCGGGAACUACUUCAUGCGUGUCGCCUCCCCUGUUCUGUUUAAACGCUCACAAGGUGGCGAGGGUCCGAUCCAUGAGUCAAUACAACAGGCGUUUCUAGAAGACAUGCCUGAUGGUGUUUCUGCGGAAACAGAUUCUGGAGACUGGAAUGCCAUUCUGUUAAGGCACACCCUGGCAUUGAACUCGAAAUUCGAAAAAAACAUGGAUGCCCUUGAGGCAGGUAACGCCCUCGCGGAAAUUAUGGCAGUCCUCAAGGUGGCCAAUAAGGUGCUGAACGAAAUCCAGCCAUGGGCAGCUGAGACGCACCCUCAACUUGUCCACACCACACGUGUCGUCGGUCUAGAGACAUUACGUGUCGUCGCACAUUGUCUGGGACCCUUCAUGCCUAGCGUUGCUGCCAGACUCCAGGAAACUUUGGGCACAGUUGAAUAUCAUGAAGGUAUAGACAGGGAGGAAGCGAUGCGUGUGUUUUGGAUGCGCUGGGAGAAGAAACCUGUGAAAGCAUUUCCCUUAUUCUAA